AAAUAAUUCAUUUUUUGUUUUUUGAAAAUAUUUUAACGAUUCAAGUUUUAAGCAAAAGAAAGGGUGAAAAUUUAUGUUUCGAAGUAACUUUUCACCACCCAAAUAGUACCAGAAGAACAAUUUUAGCUUGGGAUAAAAAUAUUUAGACAGUUUAGUGGUACUAAUAAAAAAAGCUAUUAGCGCAACCUCGGUAAAAUGCGACGGUAAAAUAACGAUAUCUAUUAUACGCGAGUGAGGUUGACCCACCCCAAUCAGAGUAUAGUGUCGAACGUUUUGAGAAAAAAUAGACUCCGUCAUGGCAUCGGCGAUUGUCAGAUCUGCCCUCCGAUCCACCCUCCGCAGCGGCGCCGCCCGCCAAGUUCCCGCCUCUUCCAAGAGAGCUUUCUCCGCCAAAGCCGGUCACGAUGAAGCAGCUGAGGCUGCAAAAUGGGAGAAGAUUACAUAUCUGGGCAUAGUGUCAUGCACUAUUCUUGCGGUUGUUAACCUCUCAAAGGGUCAUCCCCACCACGACGAGCCCCCUCCGUAUCCAUACCUCCACAUCCGUAACAAGGAGUUCCCAUGGGGUAUGUCUCUAAUCCAAUUAUUUUAUUUUAAGCUGCUUCGUGUCAAUUUCCUCUUAAUAUUAGUUGCUAUCAAACUUGCAUUCCUCCAAUUCCUUUUGUUGUUGGCUCCAGUAAAAAUAAUGCUCGUGUAAUUGCUGCUAAAAGCCGCUCUGUGUCUUGCAAUCCUGUUUUAAUGUUCGUUAAUGAAUUGUGGAUGAAUUGCUUCAUUCUAAUUGACUAUGACUGAAUGUGUCCUGCAUUUGGUCGAAUUGUUUACUGUCUUGUUUUCCUGGCUUGUUUAUAUUUACUGAUUUUUCCUCUAUAAACUACCAUGAAUCAGUGACAUACUCAUGAAUUUGGGAAUUCAAGUCACUAGUCAACCACAUCCUUUAAUACAGGGAUCAUGAAAAAGAAUUCUUCUUUGCCUCUUGAGUUCAUCUCUUACAUCAUGCGUAGCAUAAUCUUUGACUUUUAGCCGGUCUAAUAUCAUGUUAAUCAAUAGGAUUGUAUGUUUUCCGAAUGAUUCAAUUGAUGCUGGCUGGUUUAUGAAGUCUGUGUGUCAAAAUGUGAGAAUAUUCUCCUUGGGAUUCUUACUCAUUUUGUUGUGUAUUCUGGAACAUUGAAACAUCUGCUUCUGCUGAAUGGUUCUUGGUGUGGAGUUGUGUAAAUUGUUUAGACAUGAUAUGUUUGAAUUAACUCGGAGCUGUCAUAUAGACUAUUUGAAAAGCAGGUUACUAUUCUGUGUUGUGUAUCUCUGUUUCUAUGUUCACUUUAUACCAUGAAUCCCUACUACAGAAGUUACCUCGUUGGAGUUAACUUUCUAUUUUAAAACUUUGUUGAGUACCUGGUAUGUUGACAAGGUCCAAAAGAACAUAUUAGAACUUUCAUAUGUGGUGUCAGAUUACCAAUUGUGUACUUGGAUGGAUACUGCUCUAUAGCUAAUAUGGUUAAUUAGAGGUUUCCAGGGUGUGUUGUCAUUGUGAGGCGUAUGGUUAACUCUGCAUUGUGCAGUUUAUGUUUGUUCAUUAAGUGCCCCUGUUGGUAUGGUUUAGCUAGUUCCACAUUCUUUUAACCUGCAAGAUUAUGCACAUACUCAGUACUCGGGCCGCAGGUUUUUGGAUGUAUGUAUUUCGACAAGCUCAGAAACUUUUCUGAACGGUCUCAAUCUUUUGCUACAGUGUAGUUAGUUAACUUGAACGGUUUUUCAUGACUGCAGGACCAGAUGGUUUGUUCGAGGUGAAGCACCACUGAUUUGAUGACUGCACAGUAAGAGUUCACAAAUAAUAAGUUGUUCUUCUCCAUCUGUGGAAACAUUAUAUUUUAUAUUGGCGGAAAAUUGUUUGGGCUUUGAACAACUAUCAUGUUCUGUUCACUUCCAGAACUAAACAGAUGUUUGGUUUCUUUAUAUCACAGGCAUAUUGCUUUCUUUUUUAAAAAAUGGGCUCAAUGCUUUUGCCUUCAUGUCUACUUGUUUCCAAUCAGCUGUUCUAAGAAUAUUGUUUUGGAUAUCAUUACUGUAAUUGUUCCAUGAUGACACCUUGUACUCCUGAGAUUGUUUUGGGUGCAUAGCCCUGGAGUGUGUGUCAUAUUUGGUUGCUUUAUCCUUGUCAACUUACACCGAAUUGAAAUGAGAAUGUGAAGUACUAGAUACAAAUUCAAAAGACGACUUCACUUUUUUGCUCAAUAGUCCACACUAUUACAGACGCAAAAUCCCAA